AAAGAUAUGGAAAAAAAUACAUCAAUAAGGUGGGCCCCAUUCAACAACAGGCAUAGAUUAGUCUCCAAAUUAGUCGAUUUAUAGAGUCGAACAGAUUUAGAUAGUGUAAAUAUCAUCUAUCGCAAACUGCUUUGUCUUGUGAUUUAUUCAUUCAACUGGACUAAAAAGACUAGUAUCCAGGCCACUAUGUAAACUAAAAGAAAAAUAUAAUUUAAUCAUGAUAAUCAGUAAAGUGUAAACACUACAAAACCAGUUAAGUCAGUGUUUUAUGGUAGGUACAGUAUUCUAUUCUGUAAUUAAUCGUUACGUAGGUAGAAACUUAAUGUUAGGCGUAUAAAUAUUCAAGAAAAAUGAAUAAUGCGGAUAACAGCAUUGAGUUUUCUGAAGUCAAUGAAAGAAAUGGAAACGUACACGAAGAAAAAAUACGCAAAGGUUGGGUACAAUUUGAUGACGAACAACAAACACCAACUGUUUCCCAUUCUGAAAAUGAAAUAGCAGUAACAAAAACACCACCUGUUGCUUCAACGCAAACCCCGGCACGUCCUACUGUUCCCGCUGUUUUGAAUACAGAAACAGUUCACGUGAAUCUUGAAAGAGGAGAUAAAAAUUUGGAAUCCAGUACUCAAUCAACUUUAACGAAAAAUGUUGAAUUCGUCAACGUACGCCAUGGGUUCUCGAAUGGUGACAUAAUAGUGACAUUGUUACCUGUUAACACUAAGUGGCCGUGGAUUACAGCAGCUCAGUUUAGGCCAGAAUUAGUACCUGAAGAAUUAAUGGCACAAGGCUUAACUUUGACUGUCGAGGAAUAUGUUCAUGCCAUGGAAUUACUAGUGAAUGAUGCUCGCUUUACCCUUUACAACAUAUGUUAUAAGAGAGUUCUUGUUUGUUGGAUUAGCCUUGCAUUUCUCGUGCUUUUGGCACUGCUGUUUUCAGGGUUAACAGGUUUGACCUUGUUUUCCUUAGGAGUACUGUGGCUCAUUUUCAAUGCUGCUGCUAUAUUUCUCUGUAUGUGGAUAAAAUUAAAAUUAUCUAAAGGAUUGGACCAAUGCCUGGCAAGAGUAAACAAACUAUUAAACAAACAUAAAUUGAUUUUGGCCUUAGAUGAUAGGGGUAAAAUUUCAUGUCAUAAAGUGAACUUGUGUUUCAUAUAUUUUGACUCUGGCCCUUGUAUUAUGCACAUACAACAAUUCAUUGACAGUGAAGAAGGAAAAACUAUAAUGCAAGGUUGGGAGCAACGACUAGAUAUUACUACUAAUGACAUAGUUAUUCAAGGGAGCCAAACUACUAGGUUAUCACGUAAACAGGGUUUAGAAGAGCAAGUUUUCUACCGAUACCUGCAGCGAUGGGGCAAGGACUAUUUGCGUCGUCGACUCGAUUGGACAUUAGAUGAGGAGGGUGGCAACCCCGCGGCGCCCCGCCAUUUACCUUUAGCACUGUGCCCCUGCCAGUAUGUUGAAGAGAUAUUGCGGAACAAAGAACCUAAAGAUACGAGAGCUUGUUGUCCCCUUUGCAACGAUUGGCUCAGGCGCCGCGGUCUUGAUUGACCAAACACCUACUUACACGUUUGGAACGGGGCGCGCUUCUAUUUUUACGUUACGCUGCAAGAUGGGGCGCGUAUGUUCUCAAAAACAGAUUGAAUCUCGGUACGAAUGUACCUGGCCGACACGGACAUAA